AUGAGCGCGGAAGCGGCGGACCGAGAAGCCGCCACCUCCAGCCGGCCUUGCACGCCGCCGCAGACCUCCUGGUUCGAGUUCCUGCUGGAGGAGGCGCUGCUGGAGCAGCACCUGCAGAAGCCCUCUCCCGAUCCGCCACCUGUACAGCUGAUUGUCCAAUUCUUGGAACAAGCUUCAAAACCAUCAGUGAAUGAACAGAAUCAAGUCCAGCCACCACCUGAUAACAAAAGAAACCGCAUUUUAAAACUUCUUGCUCUUAAAGUUGCUGCUCAUCUGAAGUGGGAUUUGGAUGUAUUAGAGAAAAGCUUGUCUAUUCCUGUAUUGAACAUGCUACUGAAUGAACUUCUGUGUAUCAGCAAAGUUCCCCCAGGAACUAAACAUGUGGAUGUGGACCUGUCCAGCUUACCCCCAACCACUGCAAUGGCAAUACUACUCUACAACAGAUGGGCCAUAAGGACCAUCGUUCAAAGUAGUUUUCCUGUAAAGCAGGUGAAACCUGGUCCACCUCAGUUAAAUGUGAUGAACCAGAUGCAGCAAGAAAAGGAACUAACUGAAAAUAUUUUGAAAGUGUUGAAGGAGCAGGCUGCUGAUUCCAUCCUGGUCCUAGAAGGAGCACUUAAAUUAAACAAAGAUCUUUAUGUCCACACUAUAAGAACUCUGGAUUUAUUAGCCAUGGAGCCUGGUAUGGUGAAUGGAGAAACAGAGAGUUCCACAGCUGGACUGAAAAUCAGUGCAGAAGAGAUACAGUGCCAGGUUUGCUAUGAUUUGGGUGCAAUCUAUUUUCAACAAGGAUCUACAAAUGCAGCUGUUCAUGAAAAUGCUAAAGAAAAGUUUUUCAAAACAAAGGAGUUGAUUGCAAAGAAUGGUUCAUCAUCACUUCAUUUUACCAUCGAUGAAGAACGGUUAGCUGGGUACUGUCAAGCUUGUGGAGUUCUUACCUCUUCUUCUGAUGAUGCAUCUCAACAGGCAACUCCUUAUAGUCAAAUCCAUAGCUGUAUGAAAUCUGGCAACUAUCAGGACUUAGUGAAGAUAUUCCUUGAAGAUAAUCUAACCCUCAGUUUACCUGUUCAGUUCAGGCAAUCGGUGCUGAGAGAACUCUUCCAAAAAGCUCAACAAGGGAAUGAUGCUCUGGAUGAAGUUUGUUUCAAAGUCUGUGUGUGCAACACAGUCUGCGAUGUAUUGCAGGGUCGAACAAUUGAUAUUCAGUUUUGUCAACUGUUCCUGAAACCCAGCAAGGAGAAAAUAGACUUCCUCCUUGAGGUUUGUUCAAGGUCAAUAAACUUGGAAAAUGCUUCCGAAGCGUUGAAGAGAAAAAUGGCAGCAUUUCUCAAAAACUUGUGUUUGGGUUUGGAAGAUCUUCAGCUUGUCUUCAUGAUUUCAUCUCAUGAGCUGUUCAUAAAACUGCUGAAAGAUGAUGAACGGAAGCUGCUCAUUGAUCAAAUGCGGAAGAGAUCUCCUCGAAUCAACCUGUGCACAAAACCUGUGACUUCUUUUUAUGAUAUCCCAGCUUCAGCAAGUGUCAAUAUUGGCCAGCUUGAACAUCAACUCAUAUUGUCAGUAGAUCCUUGGAGGAUUCGCCAGAUCUUAAUUGAAUUGCAUGGUAUGACUUCAGAACGCCAAUUCUGGACGAUUUCGAAUAAGUGGGAAGUACCAAAUGUUUACGGCAAUGUUAUUUUAGGAAUCAAAGACAAUCUGACUAGGGAUUUGGUCUACAUCCUUAUGGCGAAGGGAUUACACUGCUGUGCAAUUAAGGAUUUUGUCCAUGCAAAACAGCUUUUUGCUGCUUGCUUGGAGCUUGUGACAGAGUUUUCUCCAAAACUCCGUCAAGUCAUGCUGAAUGAAAUGCUACUCUUGGACAUUUACACUCAUGAAGCUGGAGCUGGUGUUUCUGGAGAACGUCCUCCUUCUGAUCUUAUAAGCAGAGUCCGAGGAUAUUUGGAAAUGAGAGUACCCGAUAUUCCUCUUCGACAAGUUAUAGCUGAAGAAUGUGUUGCCUUCCUGUUAAACUGGCGUGAGAAUGAGUAUUUGACCAUGCAAGUUCCAUUACCUCUGGUUCAAACUAAUCCUUAUGUGAAGCUGGGACAGUUGCUGGCUGCUACAUGCAAAGAACUUCCAGGUCCCAAAGAAAGUAGACGGACAGCUAAAGACCUUUGGGAAGUCGUUGUACAAAUCUGCAGUGUAUCCAACCAGCACAAACGGGGGAAUGAUGGCAGAGUGAGUUUGAUAAAACACAGGGAGUCUACACUGGGCAUUAUGUACAGGAGUGAAUUGCUGUCCUUUAUCAAAAAGCUUCGGGAACCAUUGGUUUUAACCACAAUAUUGUCCCUGUUUGUCAAGCUUCAUAAUGUUCGGGAAGAUAUUGUGAAUGAUAUUGCAGCAGAGCACAUUUCCAUCUGGCCCUCAUCCAUCCCCAAUCUUCAGUCAGUGGACUUUGAAGCUGUGGCUGUUACAGUAAAAGAGCUAGUCAGCUAUGCAUUGACUAUCAACGCAAACAACCACUUCUGGUUAAUUAUUCAGGCAGAUAUUUAUUUUGCAACGAAUCAGUAUUCAGCAGCCCUUCAUUAUUAUCUGCAGGCAGGAGCUGUAUGCUCAGACUUCUUUAAUAAGAUGGUACCACCAGAUGUGUACACAGACCAGGUGAUAAAAAGAAUGAUCAAGUGUUGUUCUUUACUCAACUGUCACACCCAGGUAGCUAUUUUAUGCCAGUUCCUCAGAGAAGUAGACUAUAAAACUGCGUUUAAAGCACUGCAGGAACAAAACAGUCAUGAUGCCAUGGAUUCUUACUAUGAAUACAUCUGGGAUGUCACCAUCUUGGAGUAUUUGACAUAUCUCCACCACAAAAGAGGCGAGACAGACAAGCGGCAGAUAGCAAUAAAAGCCAUUGGCCAGACCGAGCUGAAUGCCAGUAAUCCUGAGGAAGUCCUACAGCUUGCUGCGCAGAGAAGAAAAAAGAAGUUUCUUCAAGCAAUGGCAAAACUUUACUUCUAGGCUAAUGCUGGAAGGCUACUGUAAAAUGUGUGGAAGUGAAAAAAUCUUUCAAGACUUUAUUAUUUUUUAAAUUCAUUUAAAUUUUAUACAACAUUUACAGUUUAGUAUCUUUCUUUUUAGAAAUAGAUGAAAUCUUACAAUAAACCCCUUAUUUUUACAAACUGUACAGAAGGCUGGAAGUAACUUCAGCUAGUUCCACAAUGGCUUUUUUGAAGAAGACGUGAAUUCAAGUUUUGCUAAGAAGAGCAUGAGUUUAUUGUGGAUGUGGAUGCAGCACUUGAUGCUCUAGUGCAGCUUGGUGGACUGCUCAAACUUGUCCCUGGAUGUGGGGCACAGGAAUGGCACCUUGAAAGAGGGAGGAGGACCAAUACCCAUCUUUCCCAGUACUGUCCCUUCAUCACAGAAGUGAUUCAGAGGUAGUGAAUAUUCCAAGGAAAACACAGUAGUUAAUGCUGUUUAUAAACACUGAUAAAAUAAAGCUCCACAGUUAGCUUAAAAUACUGUUCCUAUGACAUGAGUGGUUGU